CACUUUUUCAGCAGCUGAUGUUUGUAAACAAGAUGGAGACAUCUGUGCGAGUGUGCAGUUAGUCUUCCCUCGCGUUAUUUAGGUUCUUAGAUGCUUAUUUAACCGUCAAAAUUCAAAGCUUCUUUCGAACAAAUGGCGGCAGAGCCGCACAGGAGGGGUGUCAAGCCCAGUGGGCUCGUGGUGCGCCCGCAAGCCGUGAUCAAUGACAAAUCUUAUAUGGAUAGCGUUGUAGGAUUCAUCAAUGACGUUGUACCACAGGCUUAUACACAAGUGCAAAAAUCGGAUGAGAAGGAGGCAGUGCAGUGGUUGCAGUUUGCUUGCACAGAAGCUUACGGCGGCACGGAAAAGAAUAGAAAUGCCUCUCCACUUCUCAUUGUGGUCGGAUACAUGAACGGAGUUCAAAUAUGGUGCAUCUCGACAAAUGGUGAAGCACAAGAGGUUCUGUCUUGGAGGCAAGGUCCUGUAAGGGUCUUGAACAUUCUACCAACACCAGAUAGUAGUUCAGGCAAUGACAUGUUUGCGUCCAAACGACCCCUGGUUGCGUUGUGUGACAGCUCAAAUCCUGGACAACAAUUUUGCUCUGUGAGCAUCGUUUCCUUGAAAACAAUGGACCAAGCGCAUAACAUCAGGUUCAAAGAGCCCGUUCGUGAAAUUCACUCUAAUAAGAGGGUUAUGGUCAUCAGCUUCCAAGAAAAAAUUUUUGUUUACGACGCUCACACAUUUAAGGAACGCUUUUGCAUUUCAGGGUGCUACCCUUGCCCAGGACCAAACAAUAACCCAAUUGCACUACACAGUCGGUGGCUGGCAUUUGCUGACAAAACGCUCUAUCCGGUGCAUCAGACACGGGGUGGUGUCACCGGAGAAGGUGCGCAGUCGUACACCGCCACGGUCAUUCACGCAGCCAAAACCCUCUCGAAGGGGCUGUCCCUGUUCGGCGAGACGGUGGCCUCGAGCCUGACCGGCCACAAGGUCCCUUCCGUAGCCACCAAGAAGGACGGCCAGCGCUCGAGCCUCGGCAGCGGCUGCGGCAGUGUCGGCGGAGGCGCCAGCAACGGCAAAUUCCCCGGCGUCGUGUCCGUGGUGGACGUGCUGGGGGUCUCGGGGAGCCAGUUCAGCUCGGACGAGGACACGGACGCGGAGGGCCUCCUUGCACACUUCCAAGCCCACCAGGGGGAGCCGGUGGCGGCACUCAAAUUCGACCCUAGUGGCACCCUGCUGUUCACCGCCGACUGUCCUGGGCACAACUUCCACCUGUUCCACCUGCUGCCGCACCCAGGGGGCCCCGCGUUUGGAAGCGUGCACCACCUAUACACGUUGCAUCGAGGAGACACCACCGCCAAGAUCCAAGAUGUGGCCUUUUCCCUGGACAGUAGGUGGAUAGCAGUGAGCACCUUGAGAGGGACAUCCCAUAUUUUUCCUAUCACUCCUUAUGGAGGCCCCAUCACCCGACGGACCCACACCUCUCCCCGAGUUGUGAACCGGCUGAGCAGGUUUCACAAGAGCGCGGGCCUGGAAGAGAUCCAGUCGGCCCCCUCCACGGGCCGCAACAGCCCUGUGCUCUCUGGAAGCCCCAGCUCUUCGAGCUCGUCUAGCAGCACCCUGGAGAAGUAUGCGUGCGGCCUGGGCCGCACGGGCAACCCGCGACCGUUCCCGUCGCCCACGGUGGUGGUGCCCCUGUCGCAGAUCAAGCAGGGGGUGGGCUUCUCGGUGCCCAGCAUCGGGAAUCCCUCGGUGCCUCGCAGCCCCCCUGCCAGGGGACGCAGGGUCAGCGGCUCCGCGUCCAGUGCGGGGGAGGCCUUCAGCAUCGCCGCAGCCUUCGCCCCUCCCCGCGCCUGGCUGGUGGGCAGCCCCAGCACUGCACGCGACAAGAAAGAAAAAAACCCUGUCGACUCCCUGUUCAUUAUGAACUGCAAUGGCAUCCUGACUGAAUACAUCAUCGAUCCCCGCCCCUGCACCGCCGGAAACAAAGUUAGCGAGGACUCGCCCAUUGAAUUGGACGUGACUGCCUAUGCCCAGUGGAACCUGCUCAGGCCACCUUCGAGUCCUGAUACAAAGCAACCCCUUGGCAGCAGCAACCCCCUCAUGACGACUCAGCAGGCUCCCAGUGCACCUGUAACAAAGCGUUCAUUCAAAGACGUCAACGGAAUGAAUCGCAUGGACGGAAGCGGAGGGGACUAUCGUCACCAGGCGAACGAUGACAGCUGGCUCUCACAGGUGGAGAUCAUAACUCAUGUUGGGCCUCAUCGGAGGCUAUGGAUGGGGCCUCAGUUUUCUUUCAAGAUCAUCAACGUGCCAACAAAUACGACCACACCAAAUAUGUCUGUCCCUAUGUCGCAGAGCCCAGAGAAAUAUGCAAUGCUCUCCUCCGACAUGUACGGAGAGGACUCCGACGUCCAGAGUCCGGGAUUCAGCGGUCCAGUGUCAGUUCCCAUGGCAGUGCCAUCUAUGAGCACUUACUUCUCGGACAACGUGUUUCCUCCCCUGCUGAUUGAGGCCACUUCUGGGAGCUUUGAAGGCCCCCCGAGCCUGCUGGAAGUGUGUGGCAACUGGUCGGACAGUUCGGGGACCUCUUCUCAGGCCAACAGUCAGGACCAGCUCAUGGAGAGGAUUGCCGACGCCAUGAACGAGUCUCCCUACAAGGAGAGGCAGCCAGUUCGCACACCCAGUGGCGGCGAGUUGACUUGCUUCGAGGAUGCAGGGUCCCGGUGCAACUCCGACGUGUCUCUCUACCACUCGCCAAGCCAGAGCACGGAGCACCUCCUGGUGUUCUCCUCCAACCAACAGGACUCUAUGUAGUUCAUUGAUGUGCAAGAAGGGACUACUUGGGUAUGUGCAGUCAGGCCCAGAGGCAACCACGAGUAAGGAAGUGUUGGAUACGGUACCCAAACGAUUACCUGCACCUGUCCGGAUUUGUCGGGACCAGCGGCGUGUUCCCUGAAGAGAGAGGCCGGCCAACUUGCCUGCAUAUCUUGAUCAGGGACGGUGCAAGCAGCUUCCCAUCGAAGCGUCUCGAUCCUUCCAUCCAGUCAAUCACUUCCUCUGGUUAGCUUGUAAUGCGUCUGGCCAUAACAGCUGAGCUUCGACACCCCCAAGACGGCUACUGCUCAACUGCCUGUUACAAGAGUGUCAACCUUGUUAUGCUUGUUUUUGUACAAAAAUUAUAUAUUCAUUUCUGAAAGAUGAUAUUGACGAAGGUCGUGUUUAAUGUCGUUUGCUUCCUUAGUUGUGGGAAAGGGGGGGGGAGUACAAGGGGUACUGUGGCUACAUAUGGGAUCCAGUGAUGUAGCCUGCUCUACAAACAUGUGGCAAAUUGGUCAUUUAGUGACAUAACACCUACUAUAUAGCACUGUACAUGAUGUCAUGCAUUUUAUGAAAAGCAAUAAAAAUUCUGAACACUUUAUCUAAAUUA